GGGCGGGUCACCCUGCUAUUUUGGCCGGGCUGAGGGCAGCCGGAGGCGGCCGGGAAAGCUGCUCAGUGCCCGCUUUUGGGGGUGACACAGCGCUGUCCCCGGGCGGGCCGCCGCUCGGCGCCACUCCCCGCCCCGCCAGCUGAGCUGAGGGGUAUAGUUAGGCAAUGAGCGAGCGCGGAGCUAUGUGUCCUCUGCGCGGGGCGCCGUGUCCGGCCGCUCGGAGCGGAGGCUUGUGGGUAAGGGAGGCCGGCUGCUGGGUGUCAGGCUGAGGGGCGGGAGCCGGAGAAUGGGGGCGGCGGGAGGCAGCGGCAGGGACAGUGACUCGCUGCGGGCGGCGGCCGCCCCAUGGACUGAGUGACACGGCGAGAGAGGGGCAGCAGCGAGCCUCACGCCGCCGCCGCCGGGAGUCGCUUCUCCCGCCCAGCCGCCGCCGGAGGAGGGGAGCCGGCCUCGAGCGCCGCCCGCCGCUUUCCCUCCGCCGCGGCGGGUGUUUGACUGGUGCAAUGGCCGGGCCGGUGCCGGGGACCCGGCAGUGACUCGGUGCCCGCCCAGAGCCGCCCUGAGCGGGGGGGGAGUCGGGACCGCCGCGGGAAUCUCUCUCCCCCCGCCCCGGCUCCGCGCUGUUCAUGCCUUUGCAGCUGAGAGGUGCCCAGGGGCGGAGCAGCCUCAGCAGCGCCCAGUCGGGGAGCGUCCCCUCUGCUCCCCGCCCUGCUCCUGAGACAGGGCCCAGGCCCGGCCGGGAGCCCCCAGCUUCUCCGCAGCGCUAGGCCCCGGAGCGGAGACCGGGGCCGGCUACAGAGUGAUCUCCUCCUGCCCGGCAGCUCGCCGCUCGCACAGCCCCGCGGGGAGGGGGAGGAUGAGCCAGCUUCAGACAGCGAAGAUGUCCGCUCCCCCCCCGCCUGCGCCCCUGGAGCCCGGGGAGGGGGUGACCACGAGCCGCCAGAGGAAGCUGGAGUCCAUGAUCCGAGACCCUCGGUCCCCAGUCAAUGUGGAAAGUUUGCUGGAUGGCCUGAAUUCUUUGGUCCUUGAUCUGGAUUUUCCAGCACUGAGGAAAAACAAGAACAUAGAUAAUUUCUUAAAUAGAUAUGAGAAAAUUGUGGAAAAAAUUCGAGCUUUACAAAUGAAAGCUGAAGACUAUGAUGUUGUUAAGGUGAUUGGAAGAGGUGCUUUUGGAGAAGUACAGUUGGUUCGCCAUAAAACGUCACAGAAGGUUUAUGCAAUGAAGCUUCUUAGUAAAUUUGAAAUGAUAAAAAGAUCGGAUUCAGCCUUUUUCUGGGAAGAAAGAGAUAUCAUGGCCUUUGCCAACAGUCCCUGGGUGGUUCAACUCUUUUGUGCCUUUCAAGAUGACCGAUACUUGUAUAUGGUAAUGGAAUACAUGCCGGGUGGAGAUCUUGUAAACCUUAUGAGCAAUUAUGAUGUGCCUGAAAAAUGGGCCAAAUUUUACACAGCUGAAGUUGUCCUUGCUUUGGAUGCAAUUCACUCCAUGGGCUUGAUACACAGAGAUGUGAAGCCUGACAAUAUGCUUUUGGAUAAACAUGGGCAUCUGAAGUUGGCAGAUUUUGGUACCUGUAUGAAAAUGGAUGAAACUGGUAUGGUGCGCUGUGAUACAGCUGUUGGAACACCUGACUACAUAUCGCCUGAAGUCUUGAAGUCACAAGGAGGUGAUGGCUGCUAUGGACGGGAGUGCGAUUGGUGGUCUGUAGGAGUUUUUCUCUUUGAGAUGCUUGUUGGGGACACUCCAUUUUAUGCAGACUCCUUGGUAGGGACAUAUAGUAAAAUCAUGGAUCACAAGAAUUCAUUAAGUUUCCCAGAUGAUGUGGAAAUCUCUAAGCAUGCAAAGAACCUCAUCUGUGACUUUUUAACUGACAGGGAGGUGCGACUUGGGAGAAAUGGGGUGGAAGAAAUUAAACAGCACCCUUUCUUUAAGAGCGAUCAAUGGAACUGGGAUAACAUUCGAGAGACUGCUGCUCCUGUUGUACCUGAGCUUAGCAGUGACAUAGACAGCAGUAAUUUUGAUGACGUUGAGGAUGACAAAGGAGAUGUGGAAACCUUUCCAAUCCCCAAAGCCUUUGUGGGAAACCAGCUGCCUUUUAUAGGAUUUACCUACUAUCGAGAGAAUCUGUUGCUAAGUGACUCUCCUCAGUCUUGUAGAGAAAAUGAAUCCAUGCAAUCCAGGAAAAAUGAGGACAGCAAAGAGUUUGCACAGUUUCAGAAAAAACUGAGCAAGUUAGAAGAACAACUCAGUAAUGAAAUACAAGCCAAAGAUGAACUAGAACAGAAGUGCAGGUCUGUUAAUGCUCGUUUAGAGAAGACCGUGAAAGAACUAGAUGAAGAGGUAACAUCAAGGAAGAAUGUAGAAUCUGCAUUAAGGCAAUUAGAAAGAGAGAAGGCUCUUCUUCAGCACAAGAAUGCAGAAUACCAGCGGAAAGCAGAACAUGAAGCAGAUAAAAAACGGAAUUUGGAAAAUGAUGUUAACAGUUUGAAAGACCAGCUUGAAGAUUUAAAAAGGAGAAAUCAGAACUCUCAGAUAUCAAAUGAGAAAAUCAAUCAGCUACAAAGACAGCUGGAUGAAGCCAAUGCUUUACUACGCACAGAGUCUGAUACUGCAGCCAGGUUAAGGAAGAACCAGACCGAAAGUACAAAGCAAAUCCAGCAGUUGGAAGCUAAUAAUCGAGAAUUACAAGAUAAAAACUGCAUGCUGGAGAAUGCUAAACUCAAACUUGAGAAGGACUUCAUCAAUCUUCAGUCAGCCCUAGAAUCUGAAAGAAGAGAUCGAAGUCAUGGGUCAGAGAUUAUCAGCGAUCUACAAGGUCGAAUAUCUAGCCUAGAAGAAGAAGUAAAAAAAGGAAAGAGUACAUUAGCCAAAGCAGAAGUGGAGAAGAGACAAUUACAAGAGAGGCUCACAGAUUUGGAAAAGGAGAAGAGCAACAUGGAAAUAGACAUGACAUAUAAACUCAAGGUUAUGCAGCAGAACUUGGAACAAGAAGAAGCUGAACAUAAAGCCACAAAAGCACGAUUAGCAGACAAAAAUAAAAUCUAUGAAUCUAUUGAGGAAGCCAAGUCUGAAGCCAUGAAAGAAAUGGAAAAGAAGUUGUUGGAGGAGAGAUCUUCAAAGCAAAAAGUAGAAAAUGGCUUGUUAGAAAUUGAAAAGCGGUGUUCUAUGUUGGACUGUGAUCUCAAACAGUCGCAACAGAAAAUAAAUGAGCUGCUUAAACAAAAGGAUAAACUAAAUGAAGAUGUUAAAAACUUGACAUUAAAAAUAGAACAGGAAACACAAAAGCGCUGCCUCACGCAGAAUGAUCUGAAGAUGCAAACACAACAAGUCAACACAUUGAAAAUGUCAGAGAAACAGCUAAAACAAGAGAAUAACCAUCUCCUGGAAAUCAAACUGAGCUUGGAAAAGCAAAAUAAUGAACUCCGCAAAGAACGUCAGGAUGCAGAUGGACAAAUGAAAGAGCUUCAAGACCAGCUUGAAGCUGAACAAUAUUUCUCAACUUUGUACAAGACCCAAGUUCGUGAGCUUAAAGAGGAAUGUGAAGAAAAGACCAAACUUUGUAAAGAAAUGCAGCAAAAGAUACAGGAGUUACAAGAUGAGAGAGACUCCUUGGCUGCACAACUUGAGAUAACUUUGACAAAAGCUGAUUCAGAGCAACUUGCUCGCUCCAUUGCUGAAGAACAGUACUCAGAUUUGGAAAAAGAGAAGAUCAUGAAAGAAUUGGAGAUUAAAGAGAUGAUGGCUAGGCAUAAGCAGGAACUUACUGAGAAAGAUGCUACCAUAGGAUCGCUGGAGGAAGCCAAUAGGACACUAACUAGUGAUGUGGCUAAUCUUGCUAAUGAGAAAGAAGAACUGAAUAAUAAACUGAAAGAAGUCCAAGAACAAAUUGCAAGGCUAAAAGAGGAAGAAACAAAUAUAACAAUUAUUAAAACUCAGUUUGAGAAGCAGUUGUUGAAUGAGAGAACACUGAAAACUCAGGCGGUAAACAAGUUGGCUGAGAUCAUGAAUCGGAAGGAUCCAGUCAAACGUGGAGCUGACACUGAUGUGCGGAGGAAAGAAAAGGAGAAUAGGAAACUGCAUAUGGAACUGAAAUCUGAACGUGAAAAGUUAACCCAGAUGAUGAUUAAAUAUCAGAAGGAGAUCAAUGAAAUGCAGGCACAAAUAGCCGAGGAGAGCCAGAUACGAAUCGAACUGCAGAUGACACUUGACAGCAAGGAUAGCGACAUUGAACAACUUCGCUCACAGCUCCAGUCAAUACAUAUUGGCCUAGACUGCAGCAGCAUAGGCAGUGGACCUGGGGAUGCUGAGGCAGAUGAUGGAUUCCCUGUCCAUAUCACUCAAUCUCACACUAUGGAGUCCAUGUCUCUUACCUACCAGCAUUCUUCUACCUCUGUCAGUAUUGCCACUAAACCUUCCAGUUCUCACAUGCUUCUCGACUCUGAUUCUGACUCAGAGGAAGAACCUUUGUCUUGUGUACACAUCCCUUCAGAACCUGAUAGCACAGAAUCGAGAUUAGAGGGUUGGUUAUCACUACCUGUCCGAAAUAACACUAAGAAAUUUGGGUGGGUGAAAAAGUAUGUAAUUGUAAGCAGUAAGAAGAUUCUGUUCUAUGAUAGCGAACAAGAUAAAGAACAUUCUAACCCCUACAUGGUGUUAGAUAUUGACAAAUUGUUCCAUGUCCGGCCAGUCACACAGACCGAUGUGUACAGAGCAGAUUCCAAAGAGAUUCCUAGGAUAUUCCAGAUUCUGUAUGCCAAUGAAGGAGAAAGCAAGAAGGAACCAGAAUUUCCUGUGGAGCCUAUGGGGGAGAAAUCAAAUUACAUUUGCCACAAGGGACAUGAAUUUAUACCAACUCUGUAUCAUUUUCCAACCAACUGUGAGGCUUGUAUGAAGCCACUGUGGCACAUGUUUAAACCCCCUCCUGCUCUAGAGUGCCGCCGCUGCCAUAUCAAAUGUCACAAAGAUCACAUGGAUAAAAAGGAAGAGAUUAUAGCACCUUGCAAAGUAUAUUAUGAUAUUUCAACUGCAAAGAAUCUACUACUGUUAGCUAAUUCUACAGAGGAUCAACAGAAAUGGGUGAGCCGAUUGGUGAAAAAAAUUCCAAAAAAGCCUCCAGCACCCGACCCCUUUGCUCGAUCUUCUCCUAGAACUUCCAUGAAGGUACAGCCAAAUCAGUCUAUGAGACGGCCAAGCCGACAGCUUCCUCCAAACAAACCAAGAUUGCUUGAUUUGGCAUUUAAAGACUGGGAUUGGUCAUUUGAUGAUGUUGAUGAUAUUGAUGGUGAUGACGAUGUUUUUGAUUUCUGAAGAUGUAAAAGGCUAACUGCCUUCUGUGAAUGCAGUCACUAUUCAAGGUGAUAAUAUUCUUCCCAUUAAAACAAGACUGAAACAUGAUAUCCCAAAAUUUAUUAAAAUAUAUAUAUUUUCCUGAAAGACUGUGCUAUAUAUAUCAGAGGUUUACAAUUUUUUGCUGCAAUAUAAAUUACUAAUCUCUGAGGGCUUUUUUUAUAAUCCCUUGGGGUAACUGAUCAAAUGAGGACUGUUGGUAAUAGUAUAAGGAUACUUUAGGUAACCUUUUAGAGUCUUGUUCCAAAAAAGUUUAUCUUGGCAAGACACACACACUACAUUUCACAAAAGAAUUGAGAAGAGUGAAGAUUAAAACUGAAGAAAUUCAUCUUUCAACUUUGAUAGAGAGAUGCCACCAGCAUGUUUGCCAGAAAAGUAGGCGGGAAAGAUCCACCACAGUGGUAUAGACUGCAUCUUUAAGAAGUGACCAUUAUACUGUGUAUAUAUAUUGUACUGUAAUACUGCAAAAGGGUUUUAAAAACUUUCCACUUUAUUUUUUUAUGCAUAUUAAUCGGAUACCAUUACUUACUGCAGUUGCAACUAUGCACUUGUGUAAAGCCAUAAUGUUGAAGUUAAUAUCAUUCAUACAUGUUUAUCAAAAGCUGCAUGUCAUUGUUGAGCAGCUAGUAUAAUGAGACGUUUGAAGUACAUACUCAUUUCAAUUAUUUCAUAAUGGGCAGUCCUAUUUUACCUAUCUGAAUGCCUUAAUUUAAUUUUUUCAAGGUCUAUGCCCAUUCUCUGUAUUUAAGGAAAAAAAAUGUUUACCAGCUCUUAGGAUACAAAUUUGCUUUGUGGCAGAAAAAAUAGUGCACUAUUUUUACACACAAUUAUAUCAAUGUCAGCCUAUUUUGAAUGUAUAUUGAUUGGUUUUGGGGUGGGAGGGAGUAUUGGUUACAGAAACAAUAACUGAUAGUAUUGAAACUAAUAUAACUUUCAUGUGUACAUGUAACUUUUCAUCCAGUCCUUUUUACAAACCUCAAUAUUUGUCAUUGACUUUAUAUUACCCUUAUUAAGUGCUAUGACAUUUCAUUUUGCCUUGUUUUGCCUACUCUCCUAGAUGUGUUUUUAUUUCUGGGGAAAAAGUCUGUGACUAUUUUUACAUUUUCACAGUACAAUAUCCAAGGAUUGUCACAAUCUUUAAAGAAAACUAAACAGACUGUAGAUGUAUUUUAAAUUUUUGAAUCCAGUUCUCUAGCACAUAGCUGUAGGCAUAGAAAAAUAUUUCAGUAGUGUGUUUUGAGAACUUAUAGCUGGGAAUAAAGGGCCUCAGAGGCACUUAAUCUGAUUUUUUUUUUUAACUUGGACUUGUACAAAAAUAUAAUUUAUGUGGGCUUGUUCAUGCUGUGUUCAUAAUUAUCCCAGAAAAUGCAUGUUUUAUACAACUACAGGAUGCUAUGUUAAACAUAUUGACAGUAAAAAAAAAAUGUAGCCUCCUACUUGGUCUCUUUUUUUAUAUAUAUAUAUAUAUAUUUAUAUAUUGUGUGGUAGUGUGAUAAUUAAAAAUAUGAUCUAACAUUUCAAGGAAGGAAGACAUUUCACUUGAUCUUUUCUUUGGGAACAGUGUUGAGAUGUUCAAAGGAUAGGACCAUGACUUGUAUAACACUAUCCUGAAGAGUGGAUUUUGGACCACAGGAGUAUUGAAAAUGAAUAUAGUUACAUUGUAUUAGUGGUAAUAAAAUGUAACUUACCCAGUCUGCACUCAGUUUUAUAUUUAUGCAUUCUCAACCUAAAAUGUUUGUGCAUUCUUAAACUUAAAACUAAAAUGUGUAUAUCAUUUUAGUUAAAGUAUUAGCCCAAUGCACAGUAAAAGCUGUGUAUCCUUUCCCUGCUUGUUGUGAUUUACUGAAAUAAAGCAUAUUUUAGGUAAUGCAUAUUUGAAAACAAAACAAAAUUUUAAAAAUGUAUACAAUAAAACUGUUUCCAUUCACUGAAAGCAUAAAUAUUUUAUAUAAAAGAUUUUGUUACAUUGUGGGAAGUUCUAUCCUAUUCUGAAUUGGAGAAUAUAUAUAUAUAAAAAAAUAAACUAUCUGAGUAAGGUAAAAUAGUUCCUGGUGUUGACAAAGCUGGUAAUUAAUUGAAAUAUUUAUAUAUAAAAGGCAGCAAUUGUUAUGAUCGUGUAAAAAUGAAAUCUGUCAUUUAAGGGGAAAGUGUAAAAAAAAUCUAACUAAGGCUAGAAGGAGGUCCCUGGCAGCACAGCUCCCAUGACAUGGUAAGCAAGGCCCAGGAGCUGCUUGGGGCCAGAGCCACUGCAGUGUCUCCACAUGGAUGGCCCUAACCUCCCAAGAAUCCCUAUGGAUCUGCCAAGUUUGGGGUAGCUUUUCUGUGGAAGGAACAACACCACACUCCAAGCAUCAUGUUACAGGGAAUCUCCACAAAGAAAUCAUCCUGGGGAUUCCCUCAUAAGAAGUUCCUUCAUGUGGCUUUUUAUAGGGAAGGGGAUAAUAUGGCCUCUGAGAGCUAGCAUUUUUAUAACCAAGUUUAACCUUAAAAAUCAUUUGUGAAAUAUCCAUCCUCCAAAGAGAGAAUAUACUGUGAUUACCAGCCUCAUCUUU